CCCCCCAGCCCGGGCGGGAAGUUGCGCGAUAUUUGCCGGAGCGGAAGUGAGGCAAGUCCUUUUCAUCGAGAGCGGGUGACGAUGGCGGACCCAGUAGAGCAGAAGAAGAAAAGGACCUUUAGGAAAUUCACCUAUCGAGGUGUGGAUCUGGACCAGCUCCUUGAUAUGUCCUAUGAACAGUUGAUGCAAUUGUAUUGUGCUCGACAGCGGAGGCGUGUGAACAGGGGUCUGCGCCGUAAGCAGCAAUCCCUCCUGAAGAGGCUGCGCAAGGCCAAAAAGGAAGCUCCGCCUAUGGAGAAACCCGAAGUCGUUAAGACACAUCUUCGUGACAUGGUUAUCCUUCCAGAGAUGGUUGGCAGCAUGGUUGGUGUAUACAAUGGCAAAACGUUUAACCAGGUUGAAAUCAAGCCUGAAAUGAUUGGCCAUUACCUUGGAGAGUUCUCCAUCACCUACAAACCCGUCAAGCACGGCAGACCCGGUAUUGGUGCCACUCACUCCUCCAGAUUCAUCCCUCUGAAGUAGUGAUUUACUGUGGAAAUAUGUGUAAAUAAAACUCAUUCCAAAACAUUUUGUUUGUCUUUAUUCAAAAUUAUUUUCAAUUUCCAGAAUAACGUAGUGGAACGGCACAAUUUCAUAUGAACAUGUUUAGUGCAUGUGAUUUAAAUGUUCUUAAACCUUAGAAGCAAUUAAUCUUUCAUUUAAUUCAAUUGUUCACAACUCAUGCACAUCACAUAUGACCUAAGGUAUAGAUUAGCUGUCUUUAUUGUGUAAAUCAAAGCAUGGUGAAAUGUGUUGCAUCAUAUUAGCACAGGCCCACAGCUCACUCACGUUAGCCAUUUGUCUUCAGACUGUGGCAACUGAAAGAAAAUUGCACGGUCAAGUGGAUAAUGUACAAACUCAUUGCAACUUUGAUUAUUGGUCACUGUAAAGUGAUAUGUUGCCUCAAAGUGUCCUGUCUUUGCUGAUAAGAUGGAAAUGUACCUUAAAAAGCAUCAUGAAUGAUUAGGUGGUUCAGCACCCACAUUACUAAUUAAUAAAAAAUUUACAGUUAC